CUUUCCGAAUGAUGACUCUAAAUAAAUAUUAAACGGAUGUAAAUUAGGUUCGUAGAACCGUGUACCAGUGUCGAAUGUAGGAAGGAUAACUAUGGAUCAAUUUCUGUUAUUUUGUACGAUUUUAUUUGGAACUUUUCAGUUGGCAGACGCAGAACCGUUUGCCUGCUAUUCUUGCACUUACACGUUAUCAUCCGAUCCCAGGGUGGACUAUGAGUGUGUCAAUGCGACUCAGUGGCCCCAUACUUUGAAAUGCGAGAGGCCGAGGUCCUGCUACACGAAGGCUUUGUUUAAUCAAGAUAUGAGCCAUGUCCGAUCCGUUCUGAGAACGUGCCAAGCCCCAGCACUAUGCUCCGGCGACAACUGCUGCGUAAAAGACGGGCCAUAUCCCACAUGUGAACACAAGUGUACCACGGACAGAUGUAAUUCUAUCAACGUGGAGUCAUGGUUUGACAGUGGGCUGAGCUCUGCUCCUGCUGUUUUGUAUGACAGUAUGAACUAUAUGUAUAUAAAUGUGUUGCUCUUAGUUCUGAUGAAAAGGUUUUGAUGGAAAAAUGAAACUGGACUUAUGAGAAUAAAAAAAAAACGUU